GGGAGGGAAGGAAAUGGGUAAAAUUAGGGAGAAAAGAAAUCAUGUGUGGGGCACAUGAUCAUUUAAGUAAGGUCAACACCGGUUUCCGGCGAGUCAACCGUCGGUUUAUCGGUCAAGGUUGUUUUUGACAAAAAAAAAUUUCAUCAAGGUUUGAAGUUGCCCAAAUUUUUUUAAAAGGUUGUCUUUCGCAAAAAAGAGUAUAUAAAAGGUUGUGUUUGACAAAAAACUCUAAUAAAUAUAAUAAGAACAUGAAGGUAUAAAACAAAUAAUUAUAAAAGAACAUGUAUGUAAAUAUUUUAAAUUACACAAGGCCUUUUAAUGCCUUCAUGUUCCAUUAAAACAAACUAAGCCACUUGUUAAAAUCACAAACAUUUGCUGCUUUGUUUUAACUAUUUUUCUCCUUGUUUUGAACCUGACCCAGAAAAAAAUCUCAAACAUUUGCUGCUUAUUUGUAAUUUUUGACUUCAAGCCACUUGUUAAAAUCACAUUCUAAGAAACCCCACUAUAUUAGAAUGUUAGAGGGUUUAUGAACUUUGAAUGAUUUGUGGUUGAUGGUAUGUAAUAUAGUUAAAUGUCUUUCUCUCUUCUUUUUCUUUCUUUCCUUCUUCUCCUUCCACUGAUUCCUCUGUUUUUUUUUUUUUUCUUCUUUCCAUUUUAAAUAUUCACUAAUAUAUUUUUCAAACCAAACUUAUUAUGAAAACCCCUCCUUUCUUAAGUUUCAAAAUUGAAGUUUUAAAACAAUAACAUUUUUUCAAAGUUAAACAAAAAAGAGUUUUAUUGACUUUUUUAGAAAAUAGGUAUGGUUUCUUAACAAACAUAAUAGAUUAAUAUCCUUAGCGUGACUAACUACUAAAAGGCCAAAAAAAAUGUAAAAAAAUGCACCUAAGGCUACUAAAAUAAAAGCCCAAACAAAAAUCACAACUUCUUUCUGGUGUGAACCUGAUAAAAUGACUGCGGCAAUUGUAAACGUCAACACUGCGCCGCGUUAAUUGAAGUAUUGACCUUCUCAAGAUACUACCAGUUCAGAAAGUCUCCGUUGACGAAUCAAAUCGUCUUCUCAAGAUGGAAGACAACCUCCAUGGCCGAGUUAUUGGUCAAGACGAAGCUGUCGAAGCCAUCAGCCGUGCGAUCCGCCGUGCUCGGGUUGGCCUAAAAGAUCCUAACCGUCAGAUUGCCAGCUUCAUCUUCUCAGGUCCAACCGGUGUAGGAAAGUCAGAACUUGCAAAGGCUUUAGCAUCUUACUACUUUGGUUCUGAAGAAUCCAUGGUUCGCCUUGAUAUGAGCGAGUUCAUGGAGAGACACACGGUUUCAAAGUUAAUCGGAUCACCUCCGGGUUAUGUAGGUUACUCCGAAGGUGGCCAGCUUACUGAGGCAGUGAGGCGCCGCCCUUAUACUCUAGUCCUCUUUGAUGAAAUUGAAAAGGCUCAUCCCGAUGUUUUCAACAUGAUGCUUCAGAUUCUUGAAGAUGGAAGGCUAACCAAUAGCAAGGGCAGAACUGUAAAUUUUAAGAACACCCUUAUGAUUAUGACCUCAAAUAUUGGAAGCAGUGUGAUUGAGAAGGGUGGUCGGAGUAUAGGAUUCGAUCUAACGUACAAUGAUCACGACAACAAUUAUAACAGAAUAAAGAACCUGGUUAUUGAGGAGCUUAAGCAAUACUUUAAGCCUGAGUUUUUAAAUAGGUUUGAUGAUAUGAUUGUGUUUAGGCAGCUUACAAAGUUGGAAGUCAAGGAGAUUGCAGAUAUCAUGUUGAAGGAAGUUUUCAGGCGGCUUGAAACCAAGGGCAUUGAUAUUCAAGUGACUGAGAGUUUUACACAGAGAGUAGUCGAGGAUGGUUAUAGUCCAAGUUAUGGAGCGAGGCCGCUGAGGCGAGCUAUCAUGAGGCUUUUGGAGGAUAGCAUGGCUGAGAAGAUGCUUGCAAGAGAAAUUCAAGAAGGUGAUUCAGUUAUUCUGGAUGUUGAUUCUAGUAGAAAUGUCAUUGUGCUUAAUAGUAGUAAUAAUAAUUCCAGCUUGUUUUCUGAGUUGCUUCUAGUGUGAAGUUUAAAUGUAUAGUAAAAUAUUAAAAAAAAAAUCUACUAUAUAAUUACAAAGUUUUUUUUUUUGCUAACUUCUCAACCAAUCACUCCAAAAUCGCAAUUAAGUAGGUGCACCAGAGAGCACGCAACUCUUGAUGCACCUGUCCAAAAUGAUAUUGGCAAAUCUAGGGAUGAGAGCAUAAUGAUGAUUACAAAGUUUUGUCUGAUCUGUCGAUUCUCGACUGUCGGCAUGGAGAUUUUGGGGUCUGGUGUAACAUAAUGGGGUAUGAAAAUUUAUGACUAACAUUACUAAUGAUGAUGAUUGAUCAAUGAUCAAUAGUCCACAAAUUCGGAUAAUCCAAGUUAAGGCUAUGUUUAGUUCACCUGAAAUUUUCUGAUCUGAACUUAUUUUUUCUGAUCUGAUCUGAACUUAUUUUUUCUGAUCUGAUCUGAUCUGAUUACAAGAUCUUAUCUUUCAGAUUUCUCUCAAUAUAUAAGAAAAAAUAUAGUCAUGUGGGGUCUUGAUUGAUACGUCUCAAUGAGUACUUUAUUAAUAUUCAAUUAUUAUAAUUUUUACUAAUAUGUAAUGAAAGAUAUAAUGAUUUUUAAAUAUAAGCAUGAUCUGAACUGAUCUGAUCUGAACUUAUUUUUCUGAUCUGAUCUGAUCUGAUCAGAUCUGAUUAGAUCUGAAAUAAGCAAAAAUAAGGUGAACUGAACAUAGGCUAAGGCACAAAGGUAUCAUAAACUGAAGUAUAAAAAUAAUUCUUUGGUAACUAAAGUAUUAUUGAAAAUAUUGAUAAUGAUAUAAUAAUGAUAUGGUCUUUUGUUAAAUAUGGAAGAAUAAAGUUCUACAUGUGUUGGCUCACUUCCAUCAACUGAAAUGUGGAGAACAACUUCGAGAGGAUGACGUCCCGGAUAUUGUAUUUUCGUUGGCCGUCAAAGAUCUAUUAAUAAUUAAUCUCCUUUGGAUGGAUUUCUCUUUGAAAGAAAAGGUUUCCUGGUGAUUUUUGAUUAUGAUAUCGUUUUCUAAGAAUUUGUAUUGAAUCUCAGGAAAAAAAAAAAUAGAGAUUUUGUGACUUGUUAUGUGGUGUUCAAAAACGAUAAUCACUUUAAAUCUGAAGAGAUGCGUGAUAGUCAACAGUAGCCUAACAAACAAACAACUCAAUAUAUAUUUUUGAGGGUUGUUCACACCAUUUUCAUCAUUUUCUUGUAAAAGUCAAACUAAUUUAUAUAUGAGAACGUAUUGUGUCGGACUCGUCCGACCAUAAUCUUGGUCGGACGACUUUCAGGUGGUUCCAAUUUUUUUUCAGGUAGUCUUCAUUUUUUUUCAGGUAGUCUUCAUUUUUUUUCAGGUAGUCUUCUUUGUUUUUCAGUUGGUUUUUGUGCUUCAGUUAGACUUACUUGGGUUUCAGUUGGUCUUUAUUCUUUUUCAGGUAGUCUUUAUUUUUUUUCAGGUAGUCUUCAUUUUUUUUCAGGUAGUCUUCUUUUUUUUCAGUUAGUCUUCUUUUUUUUCAGUUGGUUUUUGUGCUUCAGUUAGACUUACUUGGGUUUCAGUUGGUCUUUAUUCUUUUUCAGGUAGUCUUCAUUUUUCUUCAAGUAGUCUUCAUUUUGUUUCAGUUAGUCCAACUGAAAGAAAACAAAGUCCAACUGAAAGAACACAAAGUCCAACUGAAAAAAAACAAAGUCCAACUGAAAGAAACAAAAGUCCAACUGAAAGAAAACAAAGUCCAACUGAAAAGAAAACUAACCUCUACUUUAUCUCACUUUCUCCUUCUUCUUCAUUCCUUAUAAAUACUCUUCCGCACAGGCCCCGUUAGCUCAUUAUCAUUAGCUUCUACAAUUGCAUCUUCUUUUAUCAGAAACCUGGGAUCAGAAUUUUUGUGUUUCCCUCUCCAUGGCUUCACCUUCGUUGUCGUUUGUUGUUGUUUAGCACUUGCACUUAGAUGAACUGAUAUGAAAUUAUUUAACUACUUUCAAGGCUUGCAAAUGUUUCCUAUUUGUUCACGUGAACAAGUAACCACAAUAGGCUAAUAUUUG